AUGACCUUUGACCUGACCCCAGACCCAGAGGACUGGACCAAGCCGUCUCGAGCCAGGGACCCGGGAGGGACAAUUAACGUGGAGGGCCGCCACCACCCUCUCCGCAGCCCCCCUGCCGCCGCCCCCUGCCGCAGCCCCAGCCCCCCUGCCGCCGCUCCUUGCCGCAGCCCCAGCCCCCCUGCCGCCACCAGACCCUCCUGCCGCAUCAUCCCUUCUGCCAACGCCAUCCCCGUCUGUAAGGAACCCUCCACUGUCAAGGUGUGUGUAGACCUGGACACGACACAAUGCUACAAGCCGCCCAGGCCCCCCAAGGACCGACUUCGAGGUGUGAGUUCCUCGUCAGGUGACGGGCUCUGUCCCGCACCUCCCCGCUACCCCUCCCUCCUCACCCCUCCCCGCUACUCGCCGCUCCCCGCCCUCAUCACAGACACUCACGGGGAGCCAGACUGCCCGCCUUACUCCCAUCAAGACGAUCCCCCGUCCUCAACGCGCAUGCGCAUCAAAAGCGACCGCGAAAAGAUGACGGUGCGGAGUGAGGCGAUGAGGUACUGGCGCUCUAUACACACUAAAUAUUCUCUGCUCAAUGGGUUCAACCGACAGCGUCGCAGCGCCAUGGUCAAGAAGCAGCGUCAGCGUAUCAAAGACAGGAACAACAUGUCGAUUUUCUUCGUGCUAGUGUUCAUGUUGGUGUUCGUGGUGAUCUUGGUGGCCGAGGUGUUCUUCAUCGAUGAGCACCGCACGGGGCUGCUCUUCGCGGGUAAGCGCACCUCAGACUUCGACCCCAUCGGUGACAUUCCCGAUUACUUCAUGGACGACAAGAAGCUGGUUGGCCAACUGGAGAUCGACACAUACAGGAGGCAGGAGCUCUCCGUCAAGGGAAAAACUGGGAAUGAAGAGAGGUUCUACAGGAAAAACGUGGACGAGACGCACCUCAUGGCCAGGGUUACGGGUAACCUGGUAAAGUCGGUGCACGGCAUUGCUAAAGUAGACUGGCUCAACAUGCUGGGCCUGAAGGAGAUAACAUAUUUCGGCAGCAACAGUUCUGCCACAGACGGUCAGUGGCAGCCGGUGUUUUACACCAAACACAAGUUCUUCGUAUACUCCGCUUAUUAUGACGACCGCAAGGGCAAGAUCAUCCGGGUCAUCGGCGCUACACAGACCAAGAAAAGUGACCGCGUCUGGUGUAAAUACUGGUAUUCCAACUCCAGCACACUCAUAGUCAACGGCGCCAUCAAGAUAAUAAGAGAGAACUGGAAUCUCAAGUUCUCUGCUUGUUUCAUUGCGUGCCCACUAAUUAUCUACAAGAAUGGCAAGCAGCCCAUCCCGCCGCCAGAGAGCGUGUCCAUCAUGGCGGACCCCGGAGGUAACGCCACGAACAAACUGCGGGUCAUGAAUCUUGAUGUGAAUAAAGAGGAGGUGAAGAACAGCUUUGCCGUCUGUAUAAAGCCACUGCACUUUGACUACAACAACGUGAACCAGAUGAUAGAGUUCCUGGAGCUAAAUAAGAUACUUGGAGUGGAACACUUUACCUUGUACAACCACACCAUAGGCAAGGAUGUAGACUGUAUCCUCAGACAGUACGUGGAACAAGGCCUGGUCAACAUACUCCCUUGGAAACUCGAUAUCAAAUCUCAAAAAGAAAUCCGCACAGAGGGACUGUUCGCCGCGCUGAACGACUGCUUGUACCGCUACAUGUACCAGUACAGGUACAUCCUGAUGAUCGACCUGGACGAAUACGUUGUACCUCACGCUAACACCAGCUUACCUCAGCUGCUCCGAUACCUCCACACCAAAGCUGACGCCAGGAAAAUAGGCGCCAUUAGCUUCCAGAACUCCUUCUUUUACCUUCAGUGGCCAGACGACCCUAGCAGCGCUUCUCUACCGCCGCUAGUGACUCUCAGGAAGACCAGACGCCGCCAGAGGUUCCAUCCACACAAGCAGAGGUCCAAGUACAUCGCCGUCACGCCCUACGUAGUUGAGGCUGGAAAUCACUUCGUAUGGGAGUUCCUGCCCGGGAAAGGGACGCUUAACGUUCCCAACGAGGUGGCCUUCCUCCACCACUACCGGGUGUGCGAGUUCGGAGGCGACGACUGCGUCAGGAACCCCCGCAUCACCGACACGGCCAUGUACCGCUAUAAGGACACGCUGGUCAAGGCCUACACCACCAAUAUGAACCAUCUCGCUCAUGUUUGUGGACUUGAAACAUCUAGCAAGGAAAAAUCCGUUUGGACGCUGGGUUGAAGAAGUUGCUUGCGACAGUGGUGAUGGUGAGUGAAAGAGAAGGUCGCCCCUGGCUGAGGGAGUUACCUCAGAGUUGAAGGUGCUACAGUGUCGUCGUCACGGACAAUCUUUUGGAUGAUAACUGUGAUUUUUGGUGGACGUUGUGGGUUGUGGCUCUCCAGGCGACACUGAAAAUGAUGAUGAUGACUGUCUUUCUCUCCCACUCUCAGCCCUCUGCCUCAGACGCUUGCCACUACCAUUAUUUUCACAGUUGGCUUCCAUGCCUCCUUCAAGCAAGCCAGGUCAGCCAGCAGAGCCUGGUGAAAGCCAGGCAAGCCAUCAGAGCCUGGUAAAAGCCAGGCAAGCCAUCAGAGCCUGGUGAAAGCCAGGCAAGCCAUCAGAGCCUGGUAAAAGCCAGGCAAGCCAUCAGAGCCUGGUGAAAGCCAGGCAAGCCAUCAGAGCCUGGUAAAAGCCAGGCAAGCCAUCAGAGCCUGGUAAAAGCCAGGCAAGUCAUCAGAGCCUGGUAAAAGCCAGGCAAGCUAGCAGAGCCUGGUAAAUGUCAGGUCAGUCAGCAGAGUCUAGAAAAAGCCAGGUCAGCCAAGAGCCUGAUAAAAGCCAGGUUAGCCAAUAGAGCCGGGCCAGGCCAACAGAUCCUGGUAAAAUCCAGGUCAGCGAACAGAGUCUGGUAAAAGCCUGGUCAGCCAACAGAGCCUGGUAAAGCCAGGUCAGCUCACAUAUGAUCGCACAAUUACCCUGGGUCAGGAGAAGCCCUGAUCUGCUCACUGGGUGCGCUAGUCUCCCAACACAGUCUCACUGCUGCAAGCAGUUGGAUAUUUAGCUAGACAAAGACUGUUUUCUAACAGCUUAUUCGUUGUGUAAGCUUUAAUAGUCAGCUUAUUAUAUUGCUUCCGCUAAGUGUACAAAAUGGCUCGGUUAUCUACUGGGAUCAUCCAAUGCCUGUUAUUCUUGGUUGUUUCUUGUAGGGCGAGCAGGGGACGCGAGUUGGUGGGGCCUUGUAGCACUACACUCCACCACACAUUAGUGGCACGAAGUGCACACGCACACGCACGCACAAACACACACAAACACACAGGGUUUUGUUUGCAUAUAGGAAAGCACCGCUGGUGGAGCAUUACACAACCACCGCUCUCUGCGAUGGUUCACUGCAACUCCUUCCAGUACCCAUAACCACACUGCAACACCAACCACUGGCCAUUCAUCAAGCUUUGUUGAGCAGAGUUGGUUCACAUCCAUAACACCAACCAGCUACAGUCAUCAACCUACAACCUGAAACAUCAACCAGUUGAUGCAUAGUUGAUAUUCAGAAUAGAAUCAGUGCAGACAACUCUCAUCCAAACAAGGUGCCUAUUCACCCAGGUAAUUUGCAUCUAAUUUGCCCUUAGAAGUACUGUAUGCACUUUGGUAGCACGGCCCUGUGUAGUAUAUAUAUAUACUACCUGGUAGUUAUGCAUCCAUCUGGCCAGCCAGCAUACGUGUACCCAACUGAUAUGCCAUCCAGCACCCAUGUGUCCAGCUGUCAUGUGAACCAGCUGAUGCCAGCCAGCUGGUGCGCCGACUAGCGCCGGUGUACCCAGGUUCGUGCCCUCUCACUCACACUAACACCUGUCAGGUAUAGCCUUUCACACUGCCAAACAUGUGGCCCACCUUCACCCUUGAGGCUCUUGGCCACACUACUGAUCCUGGCCACCACACCUGCCAACACCAGCCUUGGCCACAUUACUAAGUGAGGACUGAGUGAACACUGCCACUGGUUGGAAGACUGAGUGAACACUGAGUGAACACUGCCACUGGUUGGAAGACUGAGUGAACACUGACACUAGUUGGAAGACUGAGUGAACACUGACAAGUGGUCAUGUCUGAAGGGUGACAAUGUGAACAUCUAACAGUUAACUGUUAUUUCUCUCUCCAUUCUCGGUCUUAGUUCUUAGUGGCGUGGUUUCCAGUGCCCUUGUUCUGUGGUCCCCAUGGUUCCUGAUACCUGGGUCUUAUGGUCCCCAUGGUUCCUGAUACCUGGGUCUUAUGGUCCCCAUGGUUCCUGAUACCUGGGUCUUAUGGUCCCCCAUGGUUCCUGAUACCUGGGUCUUAUGGUCCCCAUGGUUCCUGAUACCUGGGUCUUAUGGUCCCCCAUGGUUCCUGAUACCUGGGUCUUAUGGUCCCCAUGGUUCCUGAUACCUGGGUCUUAUGAUCCCCAUGGUUCCUGAUACCUGGGUCUUAUGGUCCCCCAUGGUUCCUGAUACCUGGGUCUUAUGGUCCCCAUGGUUCCUGAUACCUGGGUCUUAUGGUCCCCAUGGUUCCUGAUACCUGGGUCUUAUGGUCCUCGUGGUUCUAGGUCCCCGGGGUUUAUGGUCCCCGGGGUUUAUGGUUCCUGGGGUUUAUGGUCCCUGGGGUUUAUGGUCCCCGGGGUUUAUGGUCCCAGGGGUUAUGGUCCCCGGGGUUUAUGGUCCCCGGGGUUUAUGGUCCCCGGGGUUUAUGGUCCCCGGGG